UACGUUUGUUAGAAAAUAGAUUAUUCUAAAUUUUUAGUGCAAGUUUUAAUGAUUAGAUCAUUAAUUAAUAAAAUACAGUGCACAAAUACUUUUUGAUUGGUGAGGCCAUAAUAUUAAUAAUCAUGCGUCGAACAAAAGUGAGUGUAACGCAUUACUGUCCCAACUAUAAGACGGAAUUCUCCUGGGUUGAUGAAGAUAAACAAUGCACGACUAAAGCUUAUUGCAAUGUGUGUAAAAAAAGCAUUGACUUAAGUUCCGUGGGUAAGACAGCUCUAACAAGUCAUGCAAAAGGUAGUAAGCAUAAUUUGAAAUUGAAAUUCCAAAAGGAAAGCUUAAAAGUCGACCGAUUCCUCACACAAAAUUUGACUACAGAAAUAACAGCAGUAGUAUCUGCGUCUGCUCAAAAAGAACCAAGCGAAGGUCUCAGUAAUGCUUUAAAGGACUCCGGUAGCAUGAUAAAGAAUUUUUUGACAUCUGAUCAAUUCACGAGAGCUGAAAUCUUGUGGUGUCUUACUACAGUGUCAAAGCUUUUUAGCAAUCGCGGUGCUGCCGAAGCUGUGACUAUGUUCGCCGACGUCUUUCCGGAUAGCGAAAUAGCCGCCAAAAUGAAGCUACAAAAAGAUAAAAUAGGAUGAACCAUUACGUAUGGUAUAGUUCAUCAGUUUCAAAAAGAUUUACAAGAAUUGUUAGCAACAUCCGGACUUAUAGUUGUGGUCUUCGAUGAAAGCCUGAAGGAUUAACGCAUGCAAUUGGAGACAAGAAUCUAUGUAAGCAUGUUCAGAUUUCUAUGGAUGGCCCUGCUGUUAACUUCCGCAUGCUAAACGAUUUGAAAAAAAGAUAUUAAAGAAAAGUAUCCUGAGAAUCCUAUUCUACUAGAUCUGGGCAGCUGUGGUCAUCAUACUGUACACGGUUCAUUCAAAACUGGGAUGAAGAAAACGGAAUGGGAAAUUGAUAGUUUUUUGAGUUGCCUAUACCGAUUAUUUAAAAAUAUACCUUCGAGGCGAGAAAAUUAUACUAAAAUCAGGAAGUCUGAUAUAUUUCCACUUGAGUUUUUUUUAUAUUAGGUGGGUGGAAAAUAUAUUGGUUUCCUCAAGAGGAGCUGCGAUGUUGUCCUCUU